CACAAAUAAAACUACUUGCACAUACUCCUUGUAGAUAUCAAAAUCACCCGCAAGAGCGGGUGUUUUAAUUACUUUAUAUCGUUAUUUUUCUCAUGCAAAAAUAUGAUGACCACCACUGCCAGAAUCACGUUUCUUCAGCAACCACUUCGCCACUAUUGUAGCACCAACCCAUCAUCAUUAGCCAAUCUACUCAACCCUGCCUUAUUAACCGACCGCUCAAUCCAGCAGAAAGUGAUAGCCAACUUCCAGGCCCUCCCACGGAUACGUCUAAACAGUAAACCCCCAGCGAAACAUGCUGCCGUUUUGAUCGCACUGUGCCUGGUCGACGGCAAGGUCAGUUUCCUCUACACUCAACGCUCGGUCAAGCUGACGCACUUCCGCGGCCAGGUAUCGUUUCCAGGUGGCAUCCGGGACCUGACGGACGCCGACUUCGAGGCGUGUGCGACCCGCGAAACCGAGGAGGAAGUUGGUAUACCACGGGACCGGAUACAGACGUGGGGUUGCGGUAAUGAGCUGGUGCCUAACUUUGGACCGGCUAUAACGCCGGUGGUGGGUACGAUUAGGGACUACAGUGCAACGCUGCUGAAGCCGAACCUGGACGAGGUGCAGAAGGUGUUUACGGUGCCGAUUAAGACAUUUCUGGCGGCGGGAAACCGGAGGCAUACGCAGUUCAAGGCUGGAGGAUAUACGGUGCCGGUGUUCCUCGGCGGGGAGGAAAUCGUAUGGGGAAUGACGGGGAUUAUUACGCACCUGUUCCUGUCGGCGUUGUUACCAAAGAACGUGUACGACAGGCGGUUACCGUUUGUAAAGCAGUAUAGAACGUGAUAUUAUGUCAAAUUGGUGAACCACAGGUUUUGUUUUAGUUGAAUCUUUGUUAUGCAAUAAACAUGUUUAUAUUUCAA